CCGUUUGAACCGUGUAGUGUCGGUUAGGUGCGCCGGUGACGCAGGAUGUCGGCUCCCCGCGCGCUGCUGCUGUACACGGAUGACUCGGUGGAGGUCCAGUACCGGGAUGGGGCCCGGCUGUUUGUUUCUCCGUGCGGGACUGAGUUCAUGUAUGAGCGGCCCCAGGCUGGAGCUCACCCGGUGCAGAGGCCGCAGAGGGGACGUCAUAGGACGGAGUUUGUAACCAGCAGCUGCAGGGAACAAGUUCUUCAGGCGCUAAGUUUUCGCAACACCUUUUCCAGCCGUCCAUUCUUGCCCUGUAGCCUGAUACCUUCAGAGGAGAUCAUGACUCUUUUGGCUGAGAUCUCUGAAGCGACAUGGCCCGCUCUGGAGGACGACACCGGUGGUGUGACACAUAUGGAGGAUGGCACUGUAAAGGUUUCCUCGUUGGAUGGGCAUGCAGAUUUAUACAUGAACACCCUACAGAAAGAAUUCACUGUGAAGUUUUUAUGCCAGCUCAGCUGCGCCCCCUGUGAUGAAGAAAAUACAAACCACAACAAAGUGAACGCCGACCCGAAGACUGCAGGGAUCAAGACCACAAAGAACAUGAACAGGUCGAAAUAUUCAUCCUGCGUCCUCCAAGAGGAGCCUCCGUCAUGUCUGACCAAGCACGCCUCCCAGUACACCUGGUUGGUGCAGCGCUUCUCUGUGGCCGACUGUCCACCGUCCUUUCAGUAUCCCAUGGACUUGGCUCUUCUCUUCCACAGGAAGUUAGCCCAACAAGGUGACGCAAAACAGUUUGUGGACACUGACGAGACCAAGUCCGAUUUCCCAGAUAGAAGAACGGUGUCUGCGUUACCAAGAGCAUUACCUCUAACCUGUCCUGCUGCACACAUGCACAGGAUGAGUUAUUGGAAGGCCUCUUUGGAAGAAGGAGACAAGUUGGCAGUAAAUUCGUUGCCUUUGAAAGUGGUGAUCUAUGACGGCGCCCUGUACAGAUUCAUUUUGGAUGGAACCAAUGUGGUGGAAAUUUACCCAGGCGAUGGUUCAGUUUUUAUUUCUGAGGGCGACGGUAUGGGAAAAUAUUUCCAACACUUCUUCAUACAAACGGAUGCUAAACAGGUAGAAGACCGGCUGUAUACUGCCAGAGAUCUCCCUCCGGACAAGCCUCGAGCUCUGUAUUCUGUGCGCUCCGUCAUAUCUCAGGCUAGAAGGUUUUUGGAAUUUUGCUGCAAGCACAAGCUCUCCUUGAAUCCGGUCUCUCACACCUGUUGCUGGAGGACGGGAUCUGGGCCUGACUCCAGAGCUGUCAUUCCACUGCUGCUUGAGCAAUCUUUCAUCCCGAACCAGGGCAGAUUUGCAGCAUAUUCUAAUAACACGGUGUGUGCGAGCUAUCUGGAUGGCGUCCUUCUAUACAUGAUUUGGAAUUUUGCCAACUUCAAUAAAAGUGAAGAGUGUCCAGCCAGCACAGUCAGACAUGAACGGUUCAGUUGGUGCUGUUUGCGCUUUCCAGAUGGAUCGUCCAAACUGGUAGAAAUGGAGGAUUCUGGAGAAUAUGCAAGCUAUAUCGGAACCGCUGUGACCUGGUGCAGAUGGCUGGAUGAGAAGUCAUUGGGAGAAAGGCGGACCCCCAGUAACACGGAAACUGACUUGGUGAAGGGAUUUGGGACGGUAGCACGUGAGCUUGAAAAGAUUCAGAGGUUUAACUUUCUUUUGGAGAAUAGCAGCAGAAAGGAUCACAGAAAUGAUAUUCCCAGCCACCCGGGUAAUGCUGAGGGCGUGCAAGACGAGAUCAGUGAAAUGGAUAUACAGUCUAUUCUGGAGAAGACCUCAAAAGCCAUACAAGAUAUUGACUUGCUGCUUUCUUCUAGAAAGUCCUAAUUGCAGAUAUGAGUCACGAGGAGAAGCGU